AUGACAGAGACGGCUCAUCGGCGCAUCCUGUCAGUCAGUCGCAACUUGUCGUUAGGUCUAGGUUUAAGUGUCUCACCUCCCGAAAGCUCCCUCCCUUCCCCGCUCCCCAUUCAAGAACUCGGCUGGGUGGACGGCCUUCAGCGAGGCGUGGAGAUCGUCGUCUGUGGGCCGCUGCCUGCGGAGCCGGAGUGUCGUCGGUGGCUGCAGCGCGGGUGGGGCGCGUCGUCGGUGGACUGCUGCGCGUGGACAGCAGGGCAGAAGUAUCGUCGGUGGCAUGUUGCGCGCGGCUGGCGCGACCAGCGCCUGGAGUUGGACUGGAGUGCGGCGUCGGUUGCCUGCUGCUCGCAGACGACGCUGCUGCCUGCCCGGACGACUGCCUGCAUCACGCGAUGA